AUUGGACCAAAACAUGUUAAAACAAUUUCACAUUAUUAUGUUUCUGUACUGUGUUUUUGUGCAAAGAAAAAAAGCAAAGUCAGAUUCUGAUGUUUUUGGAAAUGUAAUAUUUGUAUAUUAGUAUUUGAAUAUGGAAAACAUGUAAUGAGAUCAAUGCUCCAAUGUGCCUCAGUGUUGAAAUAGUUGUUGCGUUAUCACCAUCUAGUGACUGGACUGGGAACAACUCUCCCUUCACUCAUGUUUCCCACCUGUCCACGUUCUCACCACAGUAGUCAGUGUAGUCUACACAGCUUUUCAGCCAAUUUCACUAGCUUUUGAAGUGUCUAUAAUACGAUGUGUGGGUUGUUAAUGUUGCUUGGUCGUCUGUGCAUCAGUGCAAGAGUUUUCGCCCACUCGUCCCUGGCUUCAUCCUUUGACAGCUUCAACAAAUGACAGCAUGGUGGUAAUCAACAACUCCUCUAACAAAGUGGCCUGUGUGUGUGUGUGUGUGUGUGUGUGUGUGUGUGUGUGUGUGUGUGUGUGUGUGUGUGUGUGUGUGUGUGUGUGUGUGUGUGUGUGUGUGUAUUAAUUAUGGAGUAUGACACACAGCUGCCCUCCCACACCCCUGGGUAUGAGGUCCAGAGAGACAAACUGGUCAGUCAUAACAGAAGAAAGACACCAGCACUGAUCAUCACACGUCUGUAUUGUGCCACCAAGAAGCAGCUGCUGUCCGCUCACCAACUGGAUCUGAUUCAAAACUCGUCUACAUUACGUGUUACCAGGAAAGCCAGCUUUCAGGAGAAGGAGAACCUGUUUCCAGUCUGGACACCAUCCUGACUGUACAGCAUAACAUACUUUUAUGAACAGUAAUACAUACUGAAUUCUCUGUAACCUGAGACGACCAAGGUCAAACAAGGCUCAGCGCUUGUGGGAGCAGUACCUCCAGGACCAUGGCAUCGACGGGUCUCCAGCUGCUGGGCUUGGUACUGGCCGUGCUGGGCUGGGUGUGUGGGGCGCUGGUGUGCGCCGCUCCCCUGUGGCGCGUGUCCGCCUUCGUAGGGGGGGAGCUGGUGAUCGCCCAGGUGACGUGGGAGGGGCUGUGGAUGAACUGCCUGUCUCAGACCACCGGUCAAAUCCAGUGCAAGACGUACGACUCCACCUUAGCUCUGCCUGCGUCGGCUCAGGCUGCGAGGGGCCUCACCGUCCUGGCCCUGCUCCUCUGCUUUCUGGCCCUCGUGCUUGGAGUGGCAGGGGCCAAGUGCACCCACUGCAUGGAGGGUGGGAGCCAGGCCUCCAAGGCUUGGCUGGGCAGGCUAGCCGGGGCUCUCUUCCUUGUCGCCAGUCUGACCUAUUUGAUUCCCAUCUCCUGGACCGCCCACGCAAUCAUAAGGGACUUUUAUGACCCGACCGUGGCUGCACCUCUAAAGAGAGAGCUGGGGCCGGCGCUGUACCUGGGCUGGGGCACCAGCGUGCUUCUCCUGGUGGGGGGGUCUCUGCUGUACGUUGGCUCCUCUCCUCCAGGGCUACGGGCGCGGCCUGUUUUACAAGGAGCUGUGAGGGAAAAGCCAACCUCAGGUGCAGCGGGAGAGGCCAAGCAGCAGGAAAAGUCCUUUGUAUGAGAUAGAAGUAAAGGGCAACAACAAAAGCAUUAUUACAAACUUCUGAAAACUGCAAAGUUAGAAUAAAUUGAGUUUAUGCAGCCAUUUUUGUGUUUAUAUUAUUUAUUGAACUCAAAAUAGGCUGACGCGUUAUCUGAAUUGACAUUAUGUAAGGCCUUGGUGUCCACUUGGGGUUUGAACUGAAUUGUGGGAGGAUUUUAGAUGUUUAAAUGUUUAGUAAUGCGUGUGACUUACAUUUGUCGAAUUCUCCUCUGCCUCUGCCUGUGUGUGCGUGUGUGGGUGGUCUGUGUACAGACGUCCAGUGUACAACACACAUCUGGGCAUGUUAGUGUUUCCACUGCCAGCAUGAGGGCAGUCAGACCCAUUUAUUUACUCUUUAUGGCAUGUUUUGAGAAGAAUUUCUGAUUCAUAUUCCAGUAUUUAAAUCUGAUCAAUGAUGUUGUGUUUUCUGUUAUAAUAGUUUAAUGUUGCCCAUGGGGAAUUUUAAUAUAUUUCAUACAUGUCACAGUGUUAUAGUGUUUGUUUAGUAGUUUUGGCCACUGGGUCAUGUGGUUACGAGGAACAGAACAGAAUGGCUGUGGAUACAGUCUCCAGUCAUAUAAUGUGAAUAAUAAGAAUAAUUCUAAUAAUACUAUAUGUAUGUAGCUUUAGAAGUUAAGUAUGACAUUGUGGUUUUCUAUCUUUACUUCGACACUGACUGAUAAUAAUAUGUUUUUGCUCUUCCAUGACUCUGUCACUGUCUUAAACAUAUUAAACAAUUCAAAGAACAA